AAAAAUUCAUUUUCUUGAAAAUAUAUGCAUCGCAUGUGCUCAAUGCCUGUCUUAACGAGUCGCUAGUAUACUGGCUGCCGUGAUCCGAAAUGUAGCAUUGUUCUGUGCCGCCAAUCAAAUGAGUCAAUUAGAAAGCGUGCUUACGGGUGGAAUAAGGCUCGUCAAGCUUCCCUGUUAUCAUGGCGGUAUUCGUAUGUAAAUUUGAUUGCCCUUCUGCGCCUCUUUGCGCCUCUUUGAUCGGCGGCUGUCAGACAUAUUUAUAGCAAGGUUGUUGUCUUUCAUUCUCAAAUUUUGAAGGUAUCACACAACAUGUUCAAGAUGCGCGGCUCUUCCAUACUCUGCUGCUUAGCAGCAUCCGCAUCCGUAUCGGCAACCCUCGCCACCGCCGCCGGGAACGCAAACUCGCUGGCCCAAUUCGCGCUGCAGAAGGUGCUGCAGGACGGCCGGGACGUGUUCGGCGAGUACACCGCCGCUUCUACUUCUUCUUCUUCUUCCAACGCGUCGGAGCCCAGGUUCGCGAACUGGAUGGCGGCGCUGCCGGACUCGACGCUGCUCUCGCACGUCAACAUCCCCGGCACGCACGACCAGGCCACGUGGAACUACACGCAGGCGACGCAGGACUUCCUGCGCAACGCCACGCGCUGCGACGGCACGACGGCGUACCCGGCGCCCGUGUACCGGUGCCAGCGCGAGAGCAUCGCGCAGGCCCUCGAUAAGGGGAUUCGGUUCUUCGACCUGCGGUUCGCGGCGGAUCCGCUCGGUCAGAGGCUCGUGUUCUGGCACUCGGCGGCGCUGGUUAGCGCGACGGCUAGCGUGGGGGAUGUGUUGUACGGGGUCUGGGAUUGGUUGAGCAGGCAUGGGUCCGAGACGGUGCUGUUGAGUUUCCAGCAUGAGGUUGGGACGGUGGCGAAUGCGACGUUCGAUGCGAGGGUGCAGGGCCUGAUGAGGGAGGCGCUGACGGGGCCUGCGGCUGAGGCGUUUGUUUGGCAGGGUAGGGGGUACGUGCCUACGCUUGCGGAGACGAGGGGGAAGGUGGUGUUGGUUAGGAGGUUUGAUAUGGAUGAUGAUAAUGAUGCGGGCGAUGGGAAGGGAGAGCUGCCGGGUCUGCAUAUGAGCCCGAACAAGUGGAAUGUUAAUGAUACGAACGGCUUCGCGCUGGUGUUCAACGAGACGACGAACGCGACGGCGUAUAUCGAGGACUACUACGAGCCGGACGUGCUGGGCGAGAACUCGACGGUCGUCAGCAAUAUCGACGCCAAGAUGGUCGCGGUCAAGGCGAACUUGGAAAAGGCGGCGAGCGGCGAGGAUCCGGAUAGCUUGUUCAUCACGUUUGCUUCGGCCGAGCAUGACUCGAAUAUCCCGCCCGUCGUCCCUGAGACGAUGGCGCUGGGGAACGGGACGGAGGUUACGCCGGACGGCGGCGUGAAUCAUCAGCUUGUGAGCGUGCUGAAGGGGUACAGGGGCAAGAGGUUGGGGGUUGUGGUGUUGGAUUUCUUCGACGAGCCGGAGGACUUGGUUGCGCUUGUACUGGGGGAUCAAGUCUAGGGAAAGGGAUUACUUUCAUAGUGUGUCCGUCUACGCCAUGUUAUGCGGAAGGCUUGAUGGACUUAUGAUUUAUACUUAUUUAUUAGUGAUAAUUAAGGUGGUUUGGUUGGGUAUAGAUCGUACCGUUCUGUACUCGAUUGACUGCCGCUCUUUCCAGAAGACUACCAUAUUGAAUUGGAUGACAGUUGAAGGUCUAAAUCUGCGUGUUGGUUUCCAUGGUCAUUGUGGAUGAUUUAUAGUCUACAUAUCAACUCGUCUAGAUUUCUC